AUGCCGCCAUGCAACAGUGAGGACAUGGCCCUGUUUGCGGCUGCAACAACAGUGACAAUUGGCGAUGGUUCGACGGCUCUGUUCUGGCACUCCCGGUGGCUUGGAGCCUGCACCCUUGCUGCGGCAUACCCGGGCCUCUACAACCACUCCAAGAGGAAGAAGCGGACCGUGCGUGAGGCGAUCAGGGAUGAUACCUGGAUAAAGGACCUUAGGCACGGGGACACACUGACUUUGUUGCCGGAUUUCAUUCGACUAAAUCGCCAGAUCACCACAGCUGCAACGGUGUUCAGCGAUGGAACCCAGGAUACCAUUCGAUGGAACCAGGAAGCAAAGGGACAAUACACAGCAAGAUCGGCCUACGCGAUGCAAUUUCAGGGCAGGCUACGAUCAACCAUGGAUGAUCUAGUCUGGAAGACAUGGGCAUCGGGAAACAUCAAAUUUUUCGCCUGGCUGCUGAUGAUGGAUCGUCUGUGGACAAACGACCGCCUCUAG